CUCCUUCCGGGUUAGCCGGCGCUCGCUCUCCCCGUGCGCGGGGGAGGCGGCAGCACCAGCACCAGCCGGCCCGCAGGGCGCGGGCGGGGGAGCGGCGCCCGGCAGCGGGAGGCGGCGCAGCGCAGCGCGGCGCGGCGCUGGGGCGUUCGGCUGCUCGGAGGCUUGAAGCCCAUUUCCCGCCCGGCGGCGGCGGAGUGCGGGGGCGGCGGGGAUGGAGCGGCAGAGCCCGGCUGCAGGGCGCUGCGCCGCGGGAGCCCAGGCUGGUGCGGAGCCCGGCGAGCUCCUCCAGCGAGCCCUGGAGUUCAAGAGCCAAGGGGCGCAGUGCUACAAGGACAAAAAAUUCCGCGAGGCCAUCGGCAAGUACCACCGGGCGCUGCUGGAGCUGAAGGGGCUGCCGCCGCCGGCCCCGCCGGAGCCCAGCUCCUCCGCCAGCUGCGCCGCCAGCCCGGGGGUCCAGCUCACCGCGGAGCAGAGCCAGAGCGCGGAGAGCAUCGAGAUCGAUUGUUACAACAGCCUGGCAGCAUGUCUGCUCCAGGCUGAGCUGGUGAAUUAUGAGCGAGUCAAGGAGUAUUGCCUCAAAGUGCUUAAGAAGGAAGGAGAGAACUUCAAGGCACUCUAUCGAUCGGGCGUAGCAUUCUACCACCUUGGUGACUUCAACAAGGCACUGCACUAUUUGAAAGAAGCAAGGUCCCGACAGCCGACAGAUACCAAUGUCAUACGGUAUAUCCAGCUGACGGAAAUGAAGCUUAGUAGAUGUUCCCAGAGGGAGAAAGAAGCCUUGUAAAAAGGAACCUGCUCCAGUGACAAGGGGGACAUUUCCUUCCCAGUUGCUCAAUGGGUGGAUUUGUCCAUUUGCUUCACUCUGUCCCCAUCUCUCCAUCCUCCCUCGAACGCUCUUAAUUUAAUCCCAAUUUUAGAAGAGACUCGGACUCUGGGUUUGGCUGCUUGGCAGCACAGUGGUCAUAACCCAGUCCCCUCAGUGGGAGAGCACAGUGACUGCAGCCUGCCUGAUUCCGGGACAGUGGCAGAAGGUUGGAGGACGUGAUGAGAGGCACAUCUUUAACUGUGGGCUGAGUGCUCGCUGCAAUUCUGCACUGAAGAAAGCAUCUCUGAGGCUAUGAUUUACCAACCAACAAACUGGAGACAAGCAUUUCCUACUGGUAGCUAUCACUGGAAUUCUACAGAGCCAGAAAACUAAGAGAGCUGUUGGCCACUUCAGGAGGGGAAGCAGAUUCCCCUUUCACCAGUUCCCUUGUGCCUUCCUCUCUGGCUCUGUAUUUUAAGGCCCUGUAGGAGUUCACAUAUUCCAGAACCACUGCCAAUUAAACCCAGUCUAAACAUCUUUUUAAUAAAAGCCCAGAGCCCCCUGUGAUACUCCUAAACAGCAGUCCCAAUGCUGGGUGGGAGUGGAUUCUGGGAGUGCUGUGGAACUCUGAAGGGUCUGAGGUGCACUGCACAGUAUGGGGAUUAAACUGGAAUAAUUAUCUGCCAAUAAAAAUUGUGAAUGAUCAACAA